GUGGCUUCGGGCGCAGCGAGCGGUGGCGGGGGUGCUCCCGGUGCCCCCCGCCCCCCGGAAAUGGGACGGAGUCGUCCGCCUCACCGAAAACGCCGAGCCUCCAGACACUGACCCUGUUUCAUUGAGACCUCAAGGCCCGAGAUAUAAUGAGUUAACUGAGAGGUAGCCGGGGAAAUCCACGUGCGCAUGGUCGCCCCGUGGCAGAGCCAGUGCUGGACUCCCUGCUGCCUGGGCCCUGGAGCAGACUAUGCAGACCGCGCCGCCCCAGUCAGCGAGGUCCACCCAACCAGAGGAGCCCUCUGCUCCGGUGAUCCCCGGUGGCUGCGGCCUGCACUCCAUCACAUCCGCUUCCAAACCAGCUACUGAGGGCUCUUUUAUGGUUUACUUUCCUGCUCGUCAGAAAAGAUUUUUAUUAUCUUCAUUUUCACAGAGUGGAAAAACCGUUUUGGCCAACUUCCUGACAGAAUCUUCUGACAUCACUGAAUACAACCCAACCCAAGGAGUGAGGAUCCUGGAAUUCGAGAACCCACACGUUGCCAGCAACAACAAAGGCACGGGGUGCGAAUUUGAGCUAUGGGAUUGUGGCGGCGAUCCAAAGUUCGAAUCUUGCUGGCCAGCCCUGAUGAAGGACUGUCAUGGAGUGGUGAUUGUCUUCAACGCAGACAUCCCAAGCCACCUGAAGGAAAUUGAGAUGUGGUAUUCCUGCUUUGUUCAACAGCAGUUCUUACAGGAUACUCAGUGUCUGUUGAUUGCACACCACAAACCAGGCUCUGGAAGUGAGAAAGGAAGCCUGUCUUUGUCACCACCCUUGAACAAGCUGAAGCUGGUGCACUCGAAUCUUGAGGAUGACCCUGAAGAGAUCCGGAUGGAAUUCAUGAAAUAUUUAAAAAGCAUCAUCAACUCCAUGUCUGAGAGCAGAGACCGGGAGGAGAUGUCCAUUAUUACCUAACUAGCCUUUACCUGGACUCUUCCUCAUCCCUAGUGAGGUCAACUUCUUCCCCAGCACAGGUCCAAAACCUUACCGGGUACUGAUGUUUUCUUCUCCCGUGGCUCUAGAAGAAACUGUGUCUGCCUUCUCGAAAGUACCAGUCACCGAGGGAGUUGAAGCAUUCCAUCUCUUCUCUGUCUGAACCGAGCCCUGUAUCUCCCCAGGAGAGGGCUUUGGUGUUUACUAAUAUAGUUUUUGUGGUGGCUUUACAGACCAUGAUGACCAUGAAUAGUGGGAACCCACUGUAUCUCCGCCUCUUGCAUUUAAAUGUUUUCAGGUUAGUUCAGUCUCUAAUAAAUAUUUAAUUAAUUCAAGAUUAUAAUCCACUUCCUCCGCAUGCUCUGUAACACGGUAUCAGAGUGUCUGGACAGUGUUUGUGCCCUUGUUGGGUGGGGCAACUGUUCCAAGGGCAGGUCCUCUGGUUCCCCCCUGACCUCUGUCAAGAUGUCAGUGGCCACCCUACUGGAAUCUCCCGCCCGGUGGGAGACUGGUGAGGCCUGUAGCAUGGGCUCUCCCCAUGGAAGCAGCGGUCCCAGACUGAGUCGGCCCCAUCCUGGCAGGGCCGGCCCUGCACAUCUCUGCCAGCCAUUCGUGUCCCCCACCCGUCCCUGGUCUCUGUGUGUCUGUACGGCAGGGUCACUUUACCCUGUGCCAUAGUGACCUGUCCAGUCAUUUCUCCGUGCUCAGCUUACUGGGAGAAAAACAUGAUUUGGGGUGGGGAGAUACUGAGAAUAUGGCAGGUGAAUAUUUUCAGAAUAUUACCCCCAUUACAAUAGUAAGAAAUGCAAUGAUACUUUCAUUAUAAACCUACAGGAAGGUUUACUUAAUCACUUAUGAUAUUUAUAAAAUUUUCACAAUACCAUUAUCCUUUUUUAAUUGUAAAAUAUACAUAACAUGAAAUUUACCAUUUUGGCCAUUUCCACGUGUACAUUCUGGCACUACGUGCAUUCACACCGGUGCCGUGCAGCCCUCACCGCCGUCCACCCCUGCGGCAUUCUCGUCGUCCCAGGCUGAAACGCUGCACUAACUCUUCAUUCGCACUCCCUCCGCCCCGGGCAGCCACCGUUCUGCUCUCUGGCUCUGUGAGUGUGACCACUCUGGCGCCUCGUGUGAGUGGGAUCACAGUGUUUGUCCUUCGGUGACUGGCUUACUUCCCUUUCACAGUGUCCCCAAGGCUCAUCCAUGUCGUAGCAGUGUCAGAACGUCCUUCCAUGGUGAGGCUGAAUCCUGUCCCACUGUGUGUGUGGACCACAUUUUGUGUGUCUAUUCAUCUGUUGAUGGACAUUUGGGGCGUUUCUACCUUUUGGCUGUUGUAAUUUGCUAGGAACAUUGGUGUACAGUUCACCUAAGAUGUUUUUGAAGAACGGUAGCAUUUAACUUCUCUAAUAUUUCACUGUUAUUUAGAUAUCCUUGAUAUCUGGAUACUACACAAAGUAGAAUACAUAUAUAUCUUCUAAAAAGUAAUUUAUGACCCCUGGGGAAUUUAAUUCUUAAAUAUUACUUCAUGUCAUUUUUAAAAAGCAACAUAACCCUGACCACUGUGGCUCAGUUUUGCAAAGUGAAGGGUCACCAGUUGAAUUCCUGGUCAGGACACAUGAGUUUGGUCCCCGGCUGUGGUGUGUAUAAGAGGCAAUAGAUCAGUGUUUCUCUCUCACUUCAAUCCCUCUUGCCCUCUUUCUCCUUCCCUUCCCCUCUCUCUAAAACAUGAAAUAAAAGCAAUAUAAUGUUGUA